CCCGUAUCUUCCCGAGCCUGCAUCUCGCCGCUCAUUCCGCCGACAACCUCUCGUCCCCGCCCAUGACUCCCGCCGGCACACCAGCGCCAUUCAGCGUACAGCCGAUCGACGGGCUGGUGCUCUUCCAAGACUUUAUCUCUCCCGAGCAGGAGGCGGAUCUCAUCCACAACCUCGACUCGCGGCCCUGGGCUGGAAAGGGUGUGCCUCCCAACGCUGAGCUUCGCCGGCGGACACAGCAGUACGGCUUCCUGUUCUCGUAUCGAUACCGUCGCAUCGAGGAACACACCGGCGGGCUGCCCGAGUUUCUGCAUCCCGUCGUCAGCCAGAUCCAAGUCCUGCCCCCGGCCCCACACCACGAAUACGAGUCCAAAUCAGCGCCUAAUUUUCUCGUCGUGAAUGAAUACGAAGUCGGCCAGGGCAUCAUGGCGCAUACGGAUGCAAGUCUCUUUGGCGAGACGAUCUGGGUUGUUUCGCUGCUGUCAAGCUGUGUGAUCUCGUUCUUCCGGGAUGACCGCAAGGUCGACGUCCUCCUUCCGCCUCGCUCGUUGCUGAUCAUGAGCAGGGAGUCCCGAUUCGCUUGGAAGCACGAGAUCUCGAAGCAGCCGAUCGACUACUAUGACGACGUUCCGAUCGAGCGAUCUCGGCGGGUGUCGCUUACGUUUCGCUCUGUGGAUGUGAACGGCGUCGGAGCAACGACCGAUUGCCGGCUGGGUGCUGAUCCGGGCUCGCCGGGUCCUGUUGCUGGAGAUCGGCAAUAGACUUCCGUCAUAUCGAGUCCCGAAGCGAUGCACUGAAGGGUUCCCAGAAUGAGCUGUAUUCAACUGUCCAAAAAGCAACGGCGGCUGCGUCCAUCAGACAAGCCCCGCCCCAUCAUUCAUCCCCACACAGUUCGCUCUGUAACUCCGAAUCGCAAUAAAUUAGAGGGGCUCGUUAGCAUCACACAGGCGCUCGGAUGCGUCCACCCGUGGGUGCCAAGCACAAUAACAACGAGUGCGG